CUGGACAGGGACCGCGUGGCGCGCAUCGGACUGGGCGUGAUUCUGAACCUGGCGAAGGAGCGCGAACCCGUAGAGCUGGCGCGGAGCGUGGCAGGCAUCUUGGAGCACAUGUUCAAGCACUCGGAAGAGACGUGUCAGAAGCUGGUGGCGGCCGGCGGCCUGGACGCGGUGCUGUAUUGGUGCCGCCGCACGGACCCGGCGCUACUGCGCCACUGCGUAUUCAGCGACAUCGGCGCCAUCCAGAGCCUGAAACGCCUGGUUUCCUACUCUACCAAUGGCACUAAGUCGGCGCUGGCCAAGCGCGCGCUGCGCCUGCUGGGCGAGGAGGUGCCACGGCCCAUCCUGCCCUCCGUGCCCAGCUGGAAGGAGGCCGAGGUCCAGACAUGGCUGCAGCAGAUUGGCUUCUCCAAGUACUGCGAGAGCUUCCGGGAGCAGCAGGUGGAUGGCGACCUGCUUCUGCGGCUCACGGAGGAGGAACUCCAGACCGACCUGGGCAUGAAAUCUGGCAUCACCCGCAAGAGGUUCUUUAGGGAGCUCACUGAGCUCAGGACCUUCGCCAACUAUUCUACGUGCGACCGCAGCAACCUGGCUGACUGGCUGGGCAGCCUGGACCCGCGCUUCCGCCAGUACACCUACGGCCUGGUCAGCUGCGGCCUGGACCGCUCCCUGCUGCACCGCGUGUCUGAGCAGCAGCUGCUGGAGGAUUGCGGCGUCCGCCUGGGCGUGCACCGCGCCCGCAUCCUCACGGCGGCCAGAGAAAUGCUACACUCCCCGCUGCCCUGUACUGGUGGCAAACCCAGUGGGGACACCCCAGAUGUCUUCAUCAGCUACCGCCGGAACUCAGGUUCCCAGCUGGCCAGCCUCCUGAAGGUGCACCUGCAGCUGCACGGCUUCAGUGUCUUCAUUGAUGUGGAGAAGCUGGAAGCAGGCAAGUUCGAAGACAAACUCAUCCAGAGUGUCAUGGGUGCCCGCAACUUUGUGCUGGUGCUGUCACCUGGAGCACUGGACAAGUGCAUGCAGGACCAUGACUGCAAGGAUUGGGUGCAUAAGGAGAUUGUGACUGCUUUAAGCUGUGGCAAGAACAUUGUGCCCGUCAUUGAUGGCUUCGAGUGGCCUGAGCCCCAGGUCCUGCCUGAGGACAUGCAGGCUGUGCUUACUUUCAACGGCAUUAAGUGGUCCCACGAAUACCAGGAGGCCACCAUUGAGAAGAUCAUCCGCUUCCUACAGGGCCGCUCCUCCCGGGACUCAUCUGCAGGCUCUGACACCAGUUUGGAGGGUGCUGCACCCAUGGGUCCGACCUAACCAGUCGCCAGUUCCCAGCCCUGCUGUGACUUCCACUUCCAUCGUCCUUUCUGGAGGAACAGCUCCUCAAACUGGCCUCCCUGGGCUGAGACAACCUGGGCUCUUCUUAGCAAAUGGCUCUCCCUCUCCCUGUCCCCCACCCUCAUGGCCCACCUCCAACCCACUUUCCUCAGUAUCUGGAGAGGGAAGGGAAGUCAGACUUGGGCUCGGGAGGUUAGAAUUCCCCCAUGCCCUGCCAUUGGGUUGUCUGUCUCUGUCAUGGGGAGGGUCCCUGCUCAGUUCUGGAGACACUGGAGUUGGGGUGGGGGUGGUUCUGCAUUCCCUUCUGCUCUGAUAGCAGCCAGUUUGAGGAUGAAGGAAGGCAGCCUCAGACAGGAAUUAAGGCAAUGCCCAGGCAGGCCUGGGCACUGUAUUCUGAGCAAAGGCCUGGGCCCAAGAGCCAGCCAGGGAUGAGUGCCAUCAUGGCUCUCCACUCAGACUGUGCCUGGCCCCUGCACUUACAACUUCCUGCCGCUCUGUGGCCUUGCCCUGUAAUCACUCAGUGCCCUUAGCCAGCCUGACUAGGUCUCAGAUCCCCUACAGCUUCCUUCAGUGUGGUAUCUUUUGCCACAUCCAGGGCGAGGGUUGAGGUAAAUCGGCCCUCCCUCUGACUUCCUUGUCGCUGCAGCCAGCUUUGCUGCACUUGCUGGUGCACAGGAGCCUCCUGUUUGGGCCUGGGUCUAGGCAUGGGGAAGCCGUGCCUCAAAGCCCACCCUACCCCAUGCCUUGGUGCUGUGCCUCAGGCUCCUUCCUGGUCUGGCCCAGCUGGCUACCCCAGCCCCUCAGCUAUCCAGGGCUACCCACCGCUUGCUCAGGGACCAGGCAGCCCCCAUGGCAGUAAAAGCAGCCUGGACAGAACCUGCAGCUCUGUGGAAAGAGGCAAAGUCCUGAAAAGGCAAAAGGUUGUCACCUAUGGCAGCUUCUCCAACUUUAACAUGCAUCCAAGUCACCUGGGAAUGUUGUUAAAAUCAGGAGAUCUGGGGUGGGGCCUGAGACUCUGCAUUUCUUACAGAUUCCCAGGUGAGCGGAUGCUGGUGGUUAAGGGUAGCAAACCUCUAAAGCAUGAAGCCGUCAUGAAUCUUUGCCAUUUCCCACACACUCCGCUCCUUGGUCUCCAGUCGUCAGAGCAACUCUACCUGGUAUUGUCAUCCCCAUUUUACAGAUAAUGACCCUGAGGCUCAGAAAGGUUGAAGAUAAGCCCAGUUUCAUGUCAUCAGUGGCAGCCCCAGAUCCAGACCUAGACCUCCUGGCACCCAGUCCACUGGCAGUGGAAUUGCUCUCCUGAGAAUCAUUCUGAGGCUGGGCUAUUGCUUCUCCCUUGCUUCAAAGAGUCUAGCAGCGGGGGAUAGGAUUUUGCAAAAAAAAAAAAAGCUGACCCAGAGGCCAUACUGAAAUAACUGAGCAGGAAUGUCCCAUUGCCCCCUCCUCCACUGGGUUCAGAGGGCAAGAAAGUACCCUCCAAUAAACCCAGGCUGCAGGCCACGGGGACUGCUGAAGGCUCUUCCCCAAUGAGGGCCGGGUGUUGACACCUUAAGGCUGGCUGCGCCCCCAGCCCCACUCUUGGCUGUGCUGGCCAGGCGACUCCUAGCUCUCGGCCACAUCGUCAGAAAGUCAAAGUUCUCAUUCCAGGUUUGGGGCUCCUUCCUUCCACUCCCCUCCCUGCCAGAGUCUGUCUUGGCCAGUCCCAGCCUCGAUGCUUUGCUUUUGACCCCACCUGAUCUUCCUUUCCUCGUGCAGCGCAAGUGCUCACUGGGGCCAGGGUGAGGGCAUGGACAUGGCAAGCAGGGCAGCCUGGACACUGGCCUCACAGGACAGAGUCAACAACAAUACAGUGUCUGAGUGUCUCCA